UGCAUCCCUUGAUUUUUUCUAUUUUCAGCGCAUUCUGGAAAUGCACAUUGAGGAAUUACUACACAUUGUCCCAUCUGACGGAUCGGGCAAUGUUAAUGCCUACUAUCAGCAGUUGUUUGAAGACAUUUGCUCAAAGUUGCUUUUGGAAUUCACACUGUGCGUUGGCAAAACCGACCAAUAUCGACUGCUGGAGGUUGAAGUUUACUUGUACGACGAAGAAACAUACACCGACCCAUACACACACAAUCACCCACUGCAGCGCACACCAGGGAGGUGGCACUUCCAUCGCGUAGGCAUGUCCUCUGGCUUUCGGGGCGGUUCUCGAAAGGGCUUGGAUGUCAAUAUUGGCGACGGACGAAUGGCAUGCAAGGGAGGGGUGCUGAUACGGAGCAUUCAAAACAAGAAAACCGGCGCUGUCAUUGAUGGACCGUGCCUGCUCGUUGAUGCCAUUCUAAAACAUCUCAAAGUCGCCUCCAUUCAAAACUUGGUAGACACAUUCUUCAAGCACUCGAACGGAAAUGCCGGGGACGAAAAGUCUGGAUUUUGGCUAAAGCAUGAGCCUCCGGAGUCAGACACUACCAUUGUGCGAAAGCGACCCAACAUCGACCCUUCUGCCACGGUUGUUUAUCGCUCUAUUAGAAUUGGAUUGGGCAUCAAAGGCAAAAAUGAUUAUAUGCACCGCCUCAACUACAUUGGUCGCCCCUACCGCUUUGUCAUAUUUCCUCAUUUGCUUAACAAAGGAAAACUCUGGCUCGCCCUUGAAUUGCUAGAAAAUUCGUCCCUUAGUACGGCUGAAAUAGCCACUACUCUGAACAUGAAGAAGAGCAUUGUAGAAGCUUACCAAGCUUCGUUUUUGGACGGAAAGCAGCAUGCAGAGUCUGUCCUCAAGACAUGUACUCGCACCAAAGAUAUGGUAUCAGGAAAUGCUGAAUGGAAAUGUAAAGCUCUAGGGGCGAUUAGAUGGUGGGAGGAACAGGGCAAAGACAUCACAUUUUGAGUUUCAUAUAGAUUAGCAACAUGGAACAGGGUUUUCUUUUUCUUUUUUUUACA